UUUAUCAUAAGUAUUGUGUGCCGUCUGGGAUGUAUAUGGUAAACACAUUCUAUAUGUUAAUUAGAUAUUACUAAGUGCGUUCCACUUAACGUUUGCAACGAUCGCGAAAUCAUUUUAUCCUUGUUGUAUGAAAUAUUAAACAAAGACACUCACGAGCGUUAUGAGCAUUAAAUGGAACACAUUAUAACUCCUCUUUAUACAAGGUAUCUGCACAGAACUGCCAGAUUCGACGAUUUUUUCAAUUGAGCUUCUACUACUGGUUGUAAAAUGUCAUAUAAAAUGCAAUAUGGGAUUUUUUUAUCAACACGUACAGUAAAUUAUUGAUUGUAAUGGAAGAAGCAAUUAAAGCAUGUAUAGAGGUAACAAUACUGUGAUACAGCAAACCUCUAUUGUCAAGGACUAUUGCCUGGUUUGAGACCAACGUCUCGAGGCGAUUGCUCGUAGCGCCAGCGCAUGCACUACAACUAGUUACAUUUUAGAGAUUACAGAAACCAAUUAAACGUUUCAUAUCUUUACUAGAAAGACAUUAACUUGUGUGUUUCUGUAUAUUUUGUUUCCCCUUCCAUUGCAAUCAGCAGUCUAUUCUACACGUCAAUAUAUUUUCCUGUCUCUACUACUGAUCAUGAAGGCUGCGUAUUCUUUGGCGCUUACAAUGCUUGUAGGCAUUAUUUAUCUUUAUUUAAUAUUUUAUGAACAAUAAAGAUGUAAUAGUGCUUAGCCUUGUGAAUGUUAAAUUAAAGGAAUCACAAAAAUUACACAAUGUAAUGGAGCAAAUGCUAAAAUGCAUUAAAAAUAAAGAUGACAAAUGUAAAGUACCACAGAAACCCGCUUUAUUGCCUAUUGCAACAGUGGAAGAGAUGGUGGAAUUUGAAAACGUUAACGAAAAAACGUAUAAAGAAGUGGUAAGCUAUUUUCAUCAUGUGGGAGGCUUUACUCUUAAAGAAGAUAUUAAUUUGUGCUUCAAAGAAGCUGUGAAAGAUUGCGUGACAGUAAAAUAUACUUGGUUUGGCCGUAAAGAAGGCGUGCAUCCAUUAUACAAUACACGUAUAAUAAUGGCGAUAUAUGAUUCUGUGUGUUAUAAUAAUUAUUUUUGUAAGCCGAGUAGAGCUGAAUUUCAAAAUAUAACGAGAGAAGCUUUGCGUUCAGCCAAACAGCGGCAUCGCACAAGUAUUCGCAUAUUGCGUAACCGACAGCGACAACCUAGAACAGCUCGACAUUUUUGGGAUGAUGCAUAUGAAAAUGAACAAGUCAAUGCUGUAGAAUCCAAUAUUGCAGAAGUUGAAAAUGAGGAGGAAUCAUAGAUAUUUAAAAGUGAGUCGUUUAAAUCUACGUAAAAAUUUGUUAUAUAUAUAUAUAUAUAUUACUAUUAAAAUUUUUACUA